AACAUAAUCUUUGUAACUUUUCGUGAGUUAUUUUUUAAUCAGCUCCUAAUACAAAAGUUUUCUUGUACCUUCGAUAAUUUCUAGUAUCCUCAUUCUUAAGGCAUCUUUCUGUAAGUACAAUUUGCGGUGCUAGCUGCAUGUUAGUGAGGGAUAUGGGUAUUGAUGGUAUCAGGCCAUUCCUCUUAUUUGUUCUGCUUCUACUCCUCAGAGCAUGCUUCUCCAUUAAUGCAGAUGAUACCCUUUCAAAAGGUCAACCCCUUUCGGCGAUAACUAAAGACAUCAUCUCAUCUAAAAAUGGCACAUUUGAACUCGGAUUCUUCGAAGCAGGUACAACUUCAAAAUUCUACCUGGGGAUAUCGUUUAAACUUUUAAUGCGUCCAAGGAUUGUUUGGGUAGCAAAUAGAGAAAACCAUUUGUCCAACCCUUCUACUUCAAGACUCGAAUUCUCAGAGGAUGGCAAUCUUGUUCUUCUUGAAGCUUCCUCCAAGAAACCAAUUUGGUCCACAAGCUUGCAGAAUCUUCCCUCAAACUCAACUGAAGCAGCACUUCUUGAUGAUGGAAAUUUUGUUUUAAGAGAUAGAUCGGACCCUUCUACUCUAUUUUGGGAGAGUUUCGACCACCCAACUGAUACAUGGCUGCCAGGUGGAAAGCUUGGGAUCGAUAAAGUUGGAAAAGUACCGAAGCAACUUAUUUCAUGGAAAAAUUCAGAAGAUCCAUCACCGGGUCUGUUCUCAUUAUCGUUGAGGAUGGAACCAAAUGGAAGCCCUGUAUAUAUCUUGGAGUGGAACAGGUCCCAAGUUUAUUGGAGUACUGGAGUUUGGAAUGGAAACAAUUUCGCCUCUAUUCCUGAGAUGAGGAGGAAUUAUAUAUAUAACUACAGUUUCUACUCAAAUGAAAAUGAAACCUAUCUCACUUACUCUCUUUAUAAUGCUUCUUUCAUAUCGAUCUUUUUGCUCAGUUAUACCGGACAAGUCAAGCAACAGGCGUGGCGGCACGAUCCGUCCGAUUCGUCCGGUUUUUCGUGGUAUCUAUUUUGGGUUCAACCAAAAUCCCUAUCAGAAGUCUAUGCUUUCUGUGGUCCAUUUGGUAUAUAUCAAGUUAAUGCAAAUACGUCUUGUGAUUGUCCAAAAGGUUUUGAACCAUUUUCAGAUAAUCAGAUCAGACUAGAAGACUGGUCCGGCGGUUGUUUGAGGAGACAGCCUUUGCAAUGUGAAAAUCGUAAUGCCAAAAACGAUUGGUUCCAAAAAAUACCCAACAUCACAUUGCCAAUUAACUGGAAAGCAUAUUCGGCAAUGAGUGCCCGGAGAUGUAAAUUAGCUUGCAUGAAUAAUUGUUCAUGCACAGCUUAUACUCAUAACAGCAACGGUUGUCUGAUAUGGGAAGGAGCUCUUUUGAACAUGCAACGACCCUGGGAUGGUGGAAAGGUUGGACAAGAUAUAUAUCUCAGACUAUCAGCUGAUGAGCGUCAAAUUAGUACCAAAGGAACCAAAUGGAAAGUGUGGGUGAUUGUAGCUGUGCUGGUAGCUGCAACAGGGCUAAUCUUAUGCCUAUACGUUUGUUUCUCAAUCAAGAGAAAGCUCAAACACAAAGGACAGACGGCAGCUUCAAGCAAUGAUCUAAUGUUGUUUGAUGUUAGUACUGAAAUUCAUGCAAUCGGUGAUGGAACAAACAGCCAAGAUAAUGAUAAGAAAAGAGGAAAGAAGGAUGUUGAGUUACCGCUGUUCAGUUAUGGAAGUGUAUUAGCUGCAACCGAUAGUUUCUCAACUGCAAAUAAGCUUGGAGAAGGAGGUUUUGGACCUGUCUACAAGGGGAAGUUACUUAAGGGGCAGGAAAUUGCAGUGAAAAGGCUUUCAAGAAGAUCUGGACAGGGGCUUGAGGAGUUUAGAAAUGAGACAACACUAAUUGCAAAACUUCAACAUAGAAAUCUUGUCAAACUCUUGGGUUGCUGUAUUGAAGGAGAUGAGAAAAUACUAAUAUAUGAAUACAUGCCCAAUAAAAGUUUGGAUUUCUACCUUUUUGAUCCAGCUAAGAAAAAAAUGUUAGAUUGGGGGACACGCAUUCACAUUAUUGAAGGAAUUGCUCAAGGACUUCUCUAUCUUCAUCAGUAUUCAAGAUUAAGAAUUAUACAUAGAGAUAUGAAACCCAGUAACAUUCUCUUGGAUAGUGAAAUGAACCCUAAAAUAUCAGAUUUUGGCAUGGCUCGAAUAGUUGGAGAUAAUGCAAUACAGGCAAACACAAAUCGGAUUGUUGGAACUUUCGGCUACAUGUCUCCCGAAUAUGCCAUGGAGGGUCUGUAUUCGAUAAAGUCUGAUGUGUUUAGCUUUGGAGUAUUGCUACUCGAGAUUGUGAGUGGGAAGAAGAACACAGGCUUUUAUAACCACGGGUCACUCAAUCUUCUUAGAUAUGCUUGGGAGUUGUGGAGAGAUGAUCAAAGCUUGGAGUUGAUGGAUUCAACGAUGGGGUAUCCAACUUCCACUUCUACUCUGGUAAGAUACAUUAACAUUGGGCUACUUUGCGUUCAAGAAAAUCCAGCUGAUCGACCUAGCAUGCUUGAUGUGGUCUCAAUGAUCAGUAAUGAACAUGUACCUCUGCUUACACCCAAGCAACCUGCUUUUACAGCAGGCCGGAAUCCAACAAUUAACUUGGCAGAAAAUUGCUCAAUAAACACCGUAACUUUUUCGGCAAUGGAGGCUCGAUGAAUACUAGUACUGUUUGGUUUACUAAUUACUGUGCAAGCUAAUAGGCAAAGCUUCUUACAGAAAGUAAUUUUUGGAUCACAAGGAGGGCUCAAGCAUGUUGCAGAGCACAGACAGAGAGUAUUGUAAUUUUUCAUGAAGUCGGCUGGGAACUUCGUACGUACGUAGUAAUUCUCUUUUGGAGCCGAUUCUUUUAUUUGAGAUGAAGAGUAUACAAUACAAUAAGUACAUGGUGAUAUACAUAUAACUAUUGAGGUAGAUAUUGCCUUUUUAUUCAAGUCUUCAGCCACCACAAAGGGCAAUAAUAAUUUCUACUAGUUGUGUAGGCUCGAACCAUGAGCUUGAUGCGUCACAGAUCGAGUAAUAAACGGCAUGUUGUUCAUGUCUAUUUCUAAAGUUGUUAA